AUGAGGGAUCUUCGUCGCGAGUUGCGUCUUUCGUGUUCAACUGGGUCACAAGUAGACUUCAUGUUUACAGGCAUUAUAGUCACAACGAUUUUGCCGGCUCAAUUUAUCUUAAUACGAAUUCGCGCAAUUUUGCAGCAGAAACUUUUGAGAUCAUGA